UUUUUUUUUUAUUUAUUUAUAUAUUUUAAUUUUAAUUAAUUAAUUUCGGCCUAGCUUCGUUUUCUUUUCUUCUCCUCUCUUCUAUUAUAUAUAUAUAAGGAUUCGGGUCUCAUUUUCGGCCUCUCUUUAUCUCUGUGUGUAAAGAGUAUUAAGAGAGAAAGAACAAGACACCAGUAUGAGAACAAGGAGAGGCCUUUGUUACCCAAGAGUUGGUGGUUGUGGUGGUGGUGGUGGAGGAAUGUUUUUGGAGAAGGUUAAAGUAAUUAGCAAGAGAAAAGAUUUCGUCGGAGAAGAAGGGAAUAUUAUUGAUUGUCGGAAAAGAACAAAAUUUUCGCCGGAGAUUUCUUCUUCCGGUACCGGUCUUGAUUUAUUCGACUCAUUACCUGAUGACCUUGUUAUAUCUAUUCUCGCUAAACUUAGCAACACCGCUCGUUGCCCUUCCGAUUUUACCAACGUAUUGAUAACAUGCAAGAGAUUAAACGGUUUGGGGCUUCAUUCAAUGGUGUUAUCUAAAGCUUCACCAAAAACUUUCUCAGUUAAUGCCAAAAACUGGUCCGAAUCGUCUCAUCGAUUCUUGAAACAGUGUGCGGAAGCUGGGAAUGUUGAGGCCUGUUACACUCUGGGCAUGAUUCGUUUCUACUGUUUGCAAAACCGAGGAAGCGGAGCCUCGCUCAUGGCCAAGGCGGCGAUUAGUUCUCACGCGCCAGCACUUUAUUCUCUCGCCGUUAUCCAGUUCAACGGCAGCGGUGGCUCUAAAAGCGACAAAGACUUACGAGCCGGCGUGGCCCUUUGUGCACGCGCCGCCUUCCUUGGUCACAUAGACGCGCUCCGGGAGCUUGGGCACUGCCUCCAGGACGGCUACGGAGUCCGCCAAAAUAUCACGGAGGGGAGACGUUUUCUCAUCCAAGCCAACGCGCGGGAACUCGCGUCCGUUAUUUCGUCGGCGGCGGUGUCAGGUAUUCCCACUCGCCAGUGGCUUACGUGGAACCCACUCUCCCACCAGCACCAGCACCCUCAUCAUCCGCAGUUGCGGCACUUUACCGGUUCCGGUUGUCCGUUGCUGAGCGAUUUCGGUUGCAACGUUCCGGCGCCGGAGGCUCAUCCCGCCAGUCGGUUCAUGGCGGAGUGGUUCGCCGCACGUGGGGGCUCACCUGGGAAUGGAUUAAGGCUUUGUUCGCACGUGGGUUGUGGCCGCCCGGAGACGAGGAGGCACGAAUUUCGUCGUUGCUCAGUGUGUGGGGCAGUGAAUUAUUGCUCACGCGCGUGUCAGGCGCUUGAUUGGAAACUCCGCCACAAGGCCGAGUGUGCCCCCGUGGAACGUUGGGUCGACGAAGACGGCGAAAUUCCUGACGGUGACGGAGCCGUUAAUGGUGGCGACGACAUGAUGAUUGCUGAUAGCUAAAACAGUUUUCUUUUUUUUUCAUCUCAAGAAGGUCGUGAUAACUUUGACUGUAACGGAUGUUAUACAAGUUAACGGAAAUGUUUAUCCAAAAAAGUAAAAAAGUAAAAGAAAGUGAGCGUUAGAAGGACUGUUACUGCGAGGGAAACCAGGUUGGCCAUUUUAGUGCAAACAUAUAUAGAUUUUAAGUUAAUCAUGGCCGUCGGAUUAAACGGAGAUUUGUUCCCCCAAUUGAUGUAUAGAGGGGGUUUUCGGUAAAAAUGAUGGGGGCUAUUUUUUUGUUGGGUUUUUUUUUUUCUGGUACUUUUUUUGUACUAUAGAGCAACACCAAUUGUCAGCCUUAAUUACGGUCAAAUUAAAAUUCUAAAUUCUUCUUAAUAGAAA